AUGUCGCGGCGCGACUUUCUCAACCAACAAGCCCCCGAAAAUUAUGUUGCCGGUCUCGGUCGAGGCGCAACCGGCUUCACCACUCGAUCCGACUUGGGCCCUGCUCGAGAUGGACCCAGCGCCGAACAGAUCCAAGAGGCUCUUGCGCGACGAGCACAGCAACUCGGUGCAGCUCCCCCCACGGCGUACGGCGCCAGCACCAAGAAACCAGAGCAAGAAGAGGAGGAUGACGACCGGUUUCAGGACCCGGAUAACGAGACAGGCCUCUUUGCCUCUGGCACUUUCACACAAGACGACGACGAGGCAGAUAGAAUCUAUCAGGAUGUGGAUGAGCGCAUGGGCAAGCGUCGGAAAAGACUAAGGGAAGAACGAGAACGAGAAGAGCUCGAGGAGUACAACCGCAAGAACCCAAAAAUCUCGGAUCAGUUUGCUGAUCUGAAGCGAGGCCUCGUCACAUUAACCGACGACGACUGGGCAAAUAUUCCAGAUCCCGGUGACCUAACAGGCAAGAAUCGACGAGCGAGACAGAACCGACAUCAGCGCUCCUAUGUUGUACCUGACAGCGUCCUUGCGAGGGCGAGGGAUGCUGCCGAGUUUUCAACCAGCGUGCAAGAUGAUCCCGCAGACGGCGCUGUCACUACUGUGGACCACAAGGAUGGAACCAUGACAAACUUUGCCGAUAUUGGUGCUGCAAGAGACAGAGUGCUACAAACUAGGCUAGACAGGGCGGCAAAGGCGGACGCCGGUACAGGCACAGCGACGACGAUUGAUCCGAAAGGAUAUCUCACCAGUCUUGAGACGUCAGAGUUCGAUCCCUCCAAGGUACAGCUCGGCGAGAUUCAGCGGGUACGGACUUUGCUCGACUCCGUGAUUAAGACCAACCCCAAACACGCACCAGCCUGGAUUGCCGCUGCGCGCUUGGAAGAAUACGCUGGUAAGAUUGUCGCAGCGAGGAAAAAGAUGGCCCAGGGCUGUGAGAUGUGUCCAAGGAGUGAGGAUGCCUGGUUGGAAAAUAUCCGGCUCAACGAAGGACAGAACGCCAAGAUCAUUGCUGCCAACGCCAUCAAGAACAACGAACGGUCCACCAGAUUGUGGAUUGAGGCCAUGAGACUGGAGACAGACCCUCGAGCAAAGAAACGAGUCCUCCGGCAAGCGAUCGACCAUAUUCCGCAAUCAGUAGCGAUCUGGAAGGAAGCAGUGAAUCUGGAGGAGGAUCCGGAAGACGCGAGACUCUUGCUGGCAAAGGCUACUGAGAUUAUUCCGCUGUCCGUUGAGCUCUGGCUCGCUUUGGCUCGUCUGGAGACGCCUGAGAAUGCUCAGGCUGUCCUCAACAAGGCCCGAAAGGCUGUACCCACCAGCCACGAAAUCUGGAUUGCUGCGGCCAGGUUACAAGAACAAAUGGGCAAUGCCAAUAAAGUCAAUAUCAUGAAUCGUGCCGUGAAAGCAUUGGUGAAGGAGGGAGCCAUGCUCAAGCGCGAAGAAUGGAUCACGGAGGCUGAGAAAUGCGAGGAGGAGGGUGCUGUCUUGACGUGUGGCGCCAUCAUUCGGGAGACUCUCGGCUGGACUCUCGACGAGGAUGAUGACCGAAAAGAGAUCUUCAAGGAUGACGCUAAGGCAAGCAUUGGACGGGAGAAGUUCGAGACCGCUCGAGCCAUCUAUGCCUACGCCUUACGAGUCUUCCCCACCAGCAAAUCACUGUGGAUGGCCGCAGCUGAUCUCGAGAGGAACCAUGGUACCAAAGACGCCCUGUGGCAAGUUUUGGAAAAGGCCGUCGAGGCUUGUCCUCAAUCAGAAGAAUUAUGGCUUCAGCUGGCAAGGGAGAAAUGGCAUGCCGGAGAAGUUGACGAUGCCCGACGAGUGCUCGGUAAAGCAUUCAAUCAAAACCCCAAUAACGAGGAGAUCUGGCUGGCAGCGGUCAGGUUGGAGGCCGAUGCCGGGCAGGUCAGUCAAGCACGAGAACUUCUUGCGACGGCGAGACAAGAGGCACCAACUGAGCGAGUAUGGUAUAAGAGCGCGGCAUACGAAAGGCAGUUGGGCAACACCGAUGUCGCCCUCGACUUGGUUCUUCAAGGUCUCACGUCAAGAGUGAUCGAUAAGAAAGAGACACGCUUUCCACGAAGUGCGAAGCUGUGGAUGAUGAAGGGACAAAUCUACGAGGAUAAGGGCAUGGUACCUCAGGCGCGAGAAGCGUAUGCCCAGGGCACCAGAGCGUGCCCCAAGUCUGUGCCGUUGUGGCUUCUGGCGGCGAGACUCGAACAAAAGGAAGGCAUCAUCAUCAAAGCGCGCUCCGUGCUUGACCGUGCACGCCUCCAGAACCCGAAGAAUGCCGAGCUAUGGGCCGAGAGUGUCAGAGUCGAGCUACAUGCCAACCCCCCGAAUGUCCAGCAGGCCAAAAUCCUUAUGUCCAAAGGGUUGCAAGAGUGUCCUAAGUCAGGGCUUCUGUGGUCUGAGAACAUCUGGAAAUUACAACCGCGUACGCAGCGUAAACCUCUGAGUCUGGAAGCCAUCAAGGCUGUGGAUAACGAUCCUGUGUUGUUUGUGACGGUGGCGCGGAUAUUCUGGAGCGAGCGGAGACUGGACAAAGCGAUGAAUUGGUUUGAGAAGGCGCUUGUGGUGGAUCCUGACCUGGGAGAUAGCUGGGCCUGGUACCUCAAGUUCCUGAUGCAGCACGGAACCGAGGAGAAACGGGAAGAUGUCAUUGCAAAAUGCAUCGCGAAUGAACCGAAGCACGGCGAGGUGUGGCAGAGAGUGAGGAAAGAUCCCAGGAAGGCGUCCCUGACUACGAAGGAGGUGUUGAUGGAGGUGAUGAAACAGUUGGAGGCGAAGGAAGUCAUCAGCUGA